AUGAUCAUGGCAAUGAAGGAUUCCGACAAACUCGCGCAGAAAGUCAUGACUUGGCUCAGCGCGGAUGCCUGCAAGGCCUGGGGUGGCUUUGUAUUGGUCGCCGUCGCGGUGUUCUGGCUGUUCUCGAGUGGCAGUUUCUCCUUUAUCCUGACGCUGUCCUCGCUGGUGAGUUUGUUUAGUUUCCUCGGCGUGCUGGUCGGGAUUCUGCAGAUGAAGAGCGCGCGGGGCAUCUCUUGCAAGAUGAUUGAGUGCUAUUGUUUGGUGUUCGUAGGUCGCCUGAUCGCGAUUGUCCCGUUCGAAGGCUAUCUGCCGUUCGACAGAUCCGGCGAUUGGUUCUACCAGCUUAGUGAAGGUAUCGCGCUGUCACUCGCGAUGGCAAUCGUGUACCUUUGCCGCGGGCAGUGCGCUGCGACCUACGACAGGCAUGCAGACUCGCUGAACAGCCUCUGGCUGAUAGUGCCCGCGCUGGUCAUCGCCCUGGUGAUCCACCCGCACCUGAACAACCACACCCCGACGGACAUCUGCUGGGCCUUCUCCCUGUACCUGGAGUCCGUCGCGGUGCUCUGCCAGUUCUGGAUGUUCAUGAGCCAGGGGAAGGCUCGCCCGCACAUCACCCACUUCCUUGCCGCACAGGCUCUGUCGAAGUUCAUGUCGUUCAUCUUCUGGGCCUCCUCCUUCAGCGAGCUCACCAACAAAAACCACUACAUCAAGGAGCUGGUCGCCUUCUGGGUGGUGGGCAUGCAGAUGGUCCAGAUUUUGAUCAUGGUGGACUUCAUCCACAACUAUCUGUUUGCGCUGUCGCGCGGAUCCCCGUGUCCCAGGUCAUCCGUGGAGACUGCAACGUCUGAGCGCGGCGCCGCCGGCUGGAGCAAGGCCACCCAUGACCGCCGCGAUCGGGGGCCACGUGAGGGGGUAAGGGAUCAGGGUCCCCCCUGGCGUUGCCCCUCAGCCUUGGCCACGGGGUCACUGGCGGCCGCCGCAGGGGACGCAUAG